AUGAGACGCCCCACUGAAGAACACCGGGAAGCUCGCAGACAGAAGAGAAGACAAAGAAGAUUACCCACUCCCCCCGAGGGACAGCCGAGUAUUACGGUAACAGCAUGGAACCUACAAGGGUUAUCAGUCCACGAAAGAAACAGAAACCGACUGAAGAGAGUAAUUACGUAUGCACAAGGCAAAAGAUGGGAAAUAAUCCUAAUAUCAGAGCUUCGAUCAAAAUCGAAAGGAGUGAUAUGGAUAGGUGAAGCUAGUGAACAAACAGUUGUUAUACACUCCCAACGUAGCGGUAUAGUUCUCAGUGGCGAGGCCCUCAAGUUCUGGAUCAGCGAAGGCCAAAAGAAAAGUUUCUCGGAGCGCACUACCGCCAUAGAGGUACAUGGUAUGAAAAUUAUAUCAGUUUACCAACCACUUUGGAGUAACGGGGUCGAAGGAAUAGAAGAAUAUAGACACUGCCUAGAAAAUGAAGUAGCCCGAACCCCCAAGACCAAGGUAUUAAUAAUUGGAGGGGACCAUAAUGCUCACAUUGGAAGGGAGAGAGCCUGUGAAACAAAUGGAAGGUAUGGUCUAACCACGCCAACAACCGAAGCAGGAGGAGACCUCCUCGAUUGGUGUGUAGCGCACGAUCUCCAAUGGAUAAACUUUUUCUCUAACCUUAGGAAAAGGGGAACUUGGUUUAACCACAGCCACCGCAGAUGGUAUGAGCUGGACGGAUGUAUAAUGAGGCGAGGAGAAAGGCACAGGCAUGCAAAAAGGAUACAAAUUACCGAGGAGCUAACGCUAUCGGACCACAAGCCGGUAUCCCUCCACCUAAAAAUCCCAAAGAGGUCCAGACCAACAAGAGUAGCACGGAAACCAGCAACAAACUGGGAGAAAUUGAGUACUGAGCAGACAGCUCUAAAAUUCCAAAAGGAGACCGAGACAAAGGAGGUGGACGAGGAUAGCUCAUGGAGCGAAAUAGCGACAGCGCUAGCGCAAGCUGCAUUAAAGUUAUGUGGAAAGAGAACCAGGCAGAUAGCGAAUCCGUGGACGAUCGGCCACGAAGAUGAGCUGUCACAGCUCCAUAAUUCCAUAGCUUCGGCCGUGAGGGAUAGAAACGAAUCCUUAGAGCAGGACCGUCCACUUUAA